AUGCGAAUUCAGUCAGCGGCACUGCCACUUAUCCUACUGUGGAUUUGGUUCGUAACUGGGAAUUGUUUGCAUAUUCGCUCCUCGCAAGGCAAUACAACCGCAAUAAAUGAAAGAGUUACUCCCAGCUCAGCCUCCUCAGAUGACCAAUGCUUGACAUACCGUUUUCCAGUAGGACAGCGCGACCCAUGUGCCGGGUAUACCUGUGCGUUCAUGGGCUGGUGUAUACCGUCAAGUGAUCUAAAACGACCAACAUGUGUAUGCUAUAACAACUGUUUCGACGUGGGAGAUUCCACUGAUAAGGGAGUGGUCUGUGCCUCCGACGGAGUGGAGUAUCCAAGCUUGUGCCAUUUACGUCGAGCAGCCUGCAGUAUGAUGAUAGAUCUGAGUGUUACGUAUAAUGGCAAAUGUGGUAAGCUUUAUUAA